ACAACUUUUUUUUAAACGUCCCAACAGCUUUAAAGAACCCUUUUCAAAUGUCAAGACAAACAUUCUCUACGUAGUGGAAUUUAUUACCGCAGUGGCGUUUUAUCAAUUUUAGAACAUUUUCAAACUGUUAUGAGGCGAGAAUGAAUAAUUCGGAGGACAGCGGAAGCAAGUGUUCGCCUGCCCCCAUUUCAAACUUUACGAUCCAGUCCAUUCUGGGCACUUCCAACGAGGGAGUCCGGUCAUCUGGAAAGGACGGUCCAAAAGCCCAGCCUAGGAAGCGGACGCUGUCCGUGUCAUCGGAGGACGACUGCAGCGCCGGAGAGGACUCGGGCGACUGCUACUCUGAGUCCGGCGUACCGGAGACCUGCAACCCACACCAGCCUUUGAACUUCUCCAUCCUCGGUGCCACUAAAGGACUUCUACCUGUGCAUGAUGGGUUAGACCGCCGGCCGCAUUUGACACCAUCCAUUCUACCGGAUUACAAAGAGGAGCGAGCAUGUAGCCAGAUGUCUCCCGUUUCUGAAGACAGACAACGAGACGGCCCGGACAAACAGAGCAGCUCCGCCAAAAAGAAGACGCGCACUGUUUUUUCUCGGAGUCAGGUUUACCAACUAGAGUCCACAUUCGAUAUGAAACGCUACUUGAGCAGCUCCGAGAGAGCCUGUCUCGCCUCCAGCCUCCAGUUAACGGAGACACAAGUGAAAACGUGGUUUCAGAACCGACGAAACAAAUGGAAACGGCAGCUCUCUGCAGAACUGGAAGCUGCGAACAUGGCGCACGCAUCGGCGCAGACUUUGGUUGGGAUGCCCCUCGUUUUUAGAGAAAAUUCGUUGCUCCGGGUGCCAGUGCCGAGGUCCAUCGCUUUUCCAACUCCCCUGUAUUACCCGGGAAAUAAUUUACCAGCUUUACCGUUAUACAAUCUUUACAAUAAGAUUGAAUAUUAACUCUUGUGCACAACGAAUGUUCCUCUAUAAAGGAUGACACACUAUUAAAACGUACAAAAACACCAAUUUACAUAUGUUUGGCAAAAUCAUUUCUAUUUAUACCUCUUUAUUUGGUGGAAAAAAAUAUAUUUCUUAUUAUGCAGCAAUUAUACGAGUCUAUGUGUAAAACAUGAAAGCAACACGUUUCUGUACAUAUCAUAUAAAAUACACCAUGUGUAUAUCAUAAUGAUCAUUUUGUACUUUGUUUUACAUUUCUGUUCACUAUUAACCCGUUUGAAACAGUAUGA